GAGGGGUGAUGCUCAGUCAGUCAGUCUUUAGGUGGGGCAGUGGAGUGUGAGGAUGGGUCGUUAGACUACUCAGCACAGCCUGCUAGAAAUUGACAAAUCAGACAGGAUGUCUCACUGCAAAGGCAGCGCGUCUACAGAUGGGCAGAGACGAAGGCGUACCAUAACGGAGAGUUCAGAUCACCACUGGGACCCUGAGUGGAAAGCUCACCGCCGUAGCUCCUUGUGUGACCGACUGUGUGUGCCAGCACUUCAGUCAGAUAUGACUGAGACUCCCUCUCCAUGUGCCUCGCAUCAGCUUGGGCAAUACACGCCAAAGUGCCUGUCCGUACACCGAGGAUGCACGUCGCGCUGCAUCGAUGACUGCUUUCAGGAGGGCAGUGGCAGGACCACCAUUCGAGCCGAAAACGAAGUGGAGGCACAUAAGGAGGCUAACAACUACAGAUUUGGUUUUCGGAAGUGGAAGAGUCAUGUGACUGAGCGACCCAUUGAGCACCAGUCAGAGGAUGUCAAGGAACUCUAUUCUGACCUAAAUUUCAUCAAGCCAGUCAGAGGUUCUCCCAUCAGUGUGGGAAAUAUAAUAUACUUGUUUUUGUUUGGCUGGUGGAUCUGUUUAGUAUACUUACUUGUUUGUAUUCUAAUGUUCAUCAGCAUCAUUGGAAUCCCCUAUGGGAAGCUGUGUUUCAAAUUGGCGUGCUAUUUUCUGUGGCCAUUUGGAAAAGCGAUUCAAAAGACAAAUAGUGUGGUUAAGGAGUGUUUGAAGUUCCCUGACUAUGAAGCCAUCCCGGAGGAGGACUCAACCGAGGCAACCCCUCUGAUGAAAUCCUCUUCCUCUGUGGCUGUUGAGCCCACCCCUGUCCGCGUCCCUCCACCACAGAGGCCCACAUACUGGUGCCGGGUCAGCACCUAUGUGUGGCUGCUGCUGGGCUUUCCUCUGCUGGCCCUGGUCCACUGCCUGGCCUGCUUCCUCGCCUGGCUCCUGGUCUUUUCCAUCCCUGUAGCCAAGAUGAACGGCAGGACCCUAAAAGCCAUCCUGCUCAUGCCUCCGGAAAAAGUCCAUGUCCAAAAACUAGAGAAGAAAAGCUAUGAGACUACAGUGCUACUGUGCUGCUAUCAUGCUUUCAGCUGGAAGUACUAUAAGUACAAAGUAGAUGGCAUCAAUGUUUUCGCUGUCAACCUGCUCCCUCUGGUGAUAGUCACCAUUGUGAUUGGCUACGUGGACAGAGAAAGCUACUAUGUCAGCUCCGAGGCUAAGUUUGCCACAGCUGUCAGCUCCAUCAUCCCUUUGUCCUACUACAUUGGCAUGGGCAUUGCCAGCAUCUCGGCUCAAAGUAACUUUGCCGUGGGUGCAGUGGUGAAUGCCACAUUCGGCUCCAUCACGGAGAUGACCUUCUACAUCACGGCGCUGCUGAUGGGCCACAGCGCGGGGAACAAGUGUUAUGAGGAGAUCGUCAAGGCAGCCCUCACUGGCACUCUGCUGGGCUGCAUCCUCUUCAUCCCUGGCAUCUGCAUGAUCAUCGGGGGCCUGAAGCACAGGGAGCAACGUUUCAACAGCCGCUCUGCUGGCGUCAGCUCCGCUCUGCUUUUCAUAUCUGUGGGAGGUGUGUUUGCCCCCACUCUCUUCUCCAAGGCCUAUGGCACUCUGGUGUGUGAGGGCUGCUCCAUCACCCAAGGGAAUCUCACCGGUCCCUUCUCCUGCAAGAACUGCCACUAUGAUCUGACUGAAAACAAUCGGUCUUUGUUUCACUGCCAUAUUGAGCCUCUGGUUUACACAAUUUCGGUGCUGCUGCCGGCUGCAUACCUCAUCGGCCUCGUCUUCACCCUGAAGACCCACUCUCAUAUUUAUGAUAUCCACAUCAAUGAUGGAAAUGGACACGGCCCUGGCCAUGUGGUCCACUGGUCCAGGUUGCGAGCGCUGGUGGUGUUGAUCAUAGCCACUCUGCUGAUGGCCGCCUGUGCCGACCUGACCACAGAGAACAUCCAGCCCAUCCUCUCCUACUCCAGUAUCUCACAGUAUUUCAUUGGAUUGACUGUGCUGGCGAUGGUUCCAGAACUCCCAGAGAUCGUCAAUGGAAUCCAAUUUGCUCUUCAAAACAACAUCAGUCUCAGUCUGGAGGUAGGAAGCUGUAUUGCAGUGCAAGUCUGUAUGAUCCAGAUCCCCUUGCUAAUCUUAUUCAACGCUUUUUAUGACGUUGGCUUUGUUCUCAUAUUCAGCGACUUGCACAUGUGGGCCAGCAUUUUUAGUGUUAUUUUGGUGAACUACAUCUUCAUGGACGGAAAGUGUGAUUACUUUCAGGGCACAGCCCUGGUAGUGGUCUACCUCAUCUUACUGGCUGUAUACUUCUAUGCCCCUUCUCCAAUGGGCUGCUGAAUGCAGUCAUACUCAUUGAUGUGAUGGGUCCGAUCACACUCUCAUAUUUGUUUUGUGUUUAAAUCUUUAAAAAAAAAAAAAAAAAAGUGCUGUGACCUGUUUUCCAAAAAAUAUUAAAAUGCCUUUAUUGGCAAAUACCAUAUAGAAUUCA